CUAUCUAACGUAAUAAGCAAAAUCCACCAUUGUACUAUUAGGGCUUGCCAAUAGUCACAUUAACCAGGCAACCGCGGUCAAUUAGCCAGUCAAGUGGUCUAGAGCAACAUCACUCAGUCAAUUAGCUAGUCAAAAGCUCAACAGCAACAUCAGUAAAUCAUCAGCUAAACGCAGUCAAUUCAAGUGCUCUACAAAAUGUUAGUCACUACCAUAGGGUACCUCCUCUUGGCAGCCUUCGUCCCAGUGGACUGGACCCAUACUAAACUGGACUCACUGAGCCCAGUGACUGGCCACUACCACGGUACUACAUGGGCCAUGGCAGAGAAGGUGACUGGAGACAAUGAUACUGAGGAAGUAGUGGUAGUGGAAGGUACUACUAGUGAUGAAGUGGAGGUUAAAAAGGAGAAAAACGAUAAGGUGGUGGUAAAUGCUGAUGGGUCAAAGGUGGAUGCAAAUACAUCCAAACACGUCUUGAAUUGGAUGUUAGGUUUGCCGGCCAAUGGUGAUAGCACACUAAGAAAGGCGGUAUCAACUGGAGCCAAGGGUUGGGGUACUGGGUAGUAAUGUAGUAGUACUGGAUAGUACA